AUGUCAGCCUUGUUCCUAGUCUUUGCACUGUCAUUGAAUGCAGCUUUCGCCUCACAGUGUUUCCAGUCAUUCAGCUGUGAAGACGUAUCAUUACGCCGCCCCCCAAACCAUGUUCCAGGCAUUUGGCAUUGUUUUCUGCUUUUUUCAGGUGGCAUCCUGGGUCGCUUCGAGAAUGUCCGAGUGAAAAAGAGCGCCAAGAAGACAGUGACUUGUGAUGCCGCGACGCCAGAGUAUUUGAGGCAUGACUUCUUAAAGCCGCAGCACCUACCUGUCGAGCGUGUUGACCUGGAAUCCAAUUUCAUUGCUACAUCCAACAUAAACGAGACUCGUUUCCACAAGGGUUUCCACCGGCGCCACCAGGCUGACAUUCAACAAGAUGCUGCGCGACUAGAGCAUGAAGCCGCGCGAGACUGGGCUCGACAGGAGCGGGCGGCUGCACAGGCUUCAGCAGCGCACCAGCUUCGUGAAAAGUGCACAUUCAACAUCCUCACGGGCGAGGGGGUCGGCAGGGAAUGUGAGUUUCGACAUGUCGGAAAGAAGAUUCUGAAUCCGUACGGCAGUAUGCAGGCCACCUUUGCCGAACAUGACAAGGAAGAACGGCACCGCGUCAAGAAUUCCAAGCACCGCUUCUUCGAGCACCCUGCCCCUGAAAAACAGGUGCGGACAGCCAAUCUUUUCCAAGAAGGGCUUCAAUCAACAGUGCGAGAAUCUGCUGUGCUGGGCUAUGGAAGGAGCGGAGUUUCCCGAACUAGGGCUCGUUCGUGUGGUGUGGCUGAUAACUUUGUGCAUCUACAAGCUCUCCCUCCUGAGCCAGACUACGAAGUACCGCACAACGGAAAUGCGCAGCUGCCUUACCUUUCUCGCUGCCUAGGCGUGACAUUUGUACUUGCACAAUAA